AAUAAAUGGCAGAAUGAGGUUGGCCUCCAGUCCAUAUUCUUAGCAUUGCUCUCUCUCUCUCUCUCUCUCUCGCAUCGAUGGUGGAGGCCGCCAUGUGGAGAGGAACAGCUGAGACUCUGUGGAGAAUAGGAUGGGGAGUGGUGGGUCUGUUGUUAGUGCUGCGGGCUUGGAGAGGGUUGGAAUGGGUUUGGUGGAGGCCGAAGAGGCUGGAGAGAGCGCUCCGGGGCCAGGGGUUGAGGGGCAGCCGGUAUCGCUUCCUCCACGGCGACCUCAAGGAGACCGCCCGGCUCAACAAGGAGGCCCGGUCCAAACCCAUGCCUUUCUCUCACGACAUCGUCCCUCGCGUCUCUCCCAUCUUCCAUCGCGCUAUCAAGGAAAACGGUAAAAUCUCCAUUACUUGGCUUGGACCUGUACCUAGAGUAACUAUUAUGAAUCCAGAGUUGGUAAGGGAAGUUUUGUCCAACAAGUUUGGCCACUUCACAAAACCAAAACUAAACCCUCUCGGACAGUUGUUAGCUAGAGGACUUGCAGAUUAUGAAGGUGAACAAUGGGCCAAACAUAGGAGGAUUCUAAAUCCUGCUUUCCAUCUGGAGAAGUUGAAGCGCAUGUUGCCAGCAUUCUCUGCUUGUUGUGGUGAAUUGGUUAGCAGAUGGGAGAAAUCGAUUGGUUCUUUGGGAUAUUAUGAAUUAGAUGUUUGGCCUGAGCUCCAGAACUUUACAGGAGAUGUGAUCUCUCGAACAGCAUUUGGUAGCAGCUAUGCAGAAGGUAGACGGAUUUUCCAACUUCAAGCAGAGCAAGCCGAGCUUGUUAUUAAGGCUGUUCAGACUGUGUAUAUUCCAGGUUACAGGUUUCUGCCUACCCCAAUCAACAACAGAAGAAAAGAAAUUUAUAGAGAGGUUCGAGCACUCCUAAGAGGCAUAAUUGAGAAGAGAGAGAAGGCUAUAAAAUUGGGUGAAGCUAGUAAUGAUGACUUAUUGGGUGUGAUGAUAGAAUAUAAUUUGAAACACUUCCAAGAACACGGGAACUCCAAGAACACUGGGAUGACCACCGAAGAGGUGAUUGAAGAGUGUAAACUAUUCUACUUUGCAGGGCAAGAGACUACAUCUGUGUUACUCACAUGGACAAUGAUUGUCUUGAGUAUGCAUCCAAGCUGGCAGGUUCGUGCAAGAGAAGAGGUUUUAGAACUCUUUGGGAAAAACAGACCAGAUUAUGAUGGCUUGAACCGCCUAAAGAUUGUGACUAUGAUUCUUUAUGAGGUUCUCAGGUUGUACCCGCCUGUAAUUCUACUCAACCGCAUAACAUACAAAACAAUGAAACUUGGAGAUAUCACUUACCCUGCAGGUGUGCUACUCACACUGCCUGUAAUCUUCAUUCAUCAUGACCCAGAAAUCUGGGGCAAAGAUGCCAGUGAGUUCAAUCCAGAGAGAUUUGCAGAAGGGAUUUCAAAGGCAUCAAAAGGUCAGCUAGCAUUUUUUCCAUUUGGUUGGGGUCCUCGGACUUGUAUCGGACAGAGUUUUGCUUUGCUGGAAGCUAAGAUGGGAUUAAGCAUGAUUCUUCAGCACUACUCAUUUGAGCUUUCCCCGUCCUAUGUCCAUGCUCCAUACGCUGCUAUAACUCUUCAACCCCAGCAUGGUGCUCAAAUUAGGUUACGUAGAGUCUGAUAUCCUAUUUUCAUCAUUAAUACAGAUGACUACUGUAAC